GGGUGGGGUGAGAAUAAUGGAAGAGAUUUAGAUUUAGAAGUUUUAAAAAAUCCUUAAGGUCUCGCUGCAGCUUCCACCAAAUGUAGGAAAAAUAGUAUUUAUUUAAGCAGCUUACACUGAUGGCAUCAAUCAAUAAGCUAUAAAUCCUCCCCUAAUUACAUGUAAUUCGCAAACUUGGCGGAGAUAGAGUGAUCUGAGAAGUUAUAAAUGAGUUGUGCAACAGUUGAGACGGAUGAUGUAAAAUGAGCUGCAGCUCAUCAGACAGAGGUCCUCUUCUGUGGCCUCCAUGCAGCGUGAAAAGAUUUGAAAAGAGCACCCUGAAGCGCGGUGACUCGUUACCUCUGUGUUUCCAGAAAGCCCCUCCUUAGACAAACCCCUCAGCCAGAGCGUCACUCAAAGUUCACUUCAGUCCAGUCCCCUCUUCCCUCAGCUCAAAUACACAUUCACACACAUCCACUGUCAUCCGCACAAACGCGCACACGCACAUUCACACAGAGCCAGACGCUUUUGCAAACAGCCCGCCUGCCGCUUCCAGCGCUACUUUUCUUUCUCCAGGAGACGCGCAUGAAGACCUGUUGGAUGUUACUAAAAGCCUUCUGUGGUUGGAGUUGACAAAAGUGUGACUACUUUUUUUCUCCCUCACUCUCUUCAGUGACAUCUUAUGUGACAACUUUUUUGGGACCUUCUAUCUCGGACUUUAUUGGUGGAACAGCUGGUUAAUUGCAUUUCAAAUUUCCGAUCAGUACAAGUGGAUUAAAAUCAGUAUUUGAUGGGCAAAAUGAAUAACUCUGUGAAAUAACUCCAAAGGAUUUCAAGCGUUAAUCCCAGUGUGACUUCUCCUCUGGUGGAGUGAAGAUGUUUCGGAGUGUGUGUGUGCCGGCGGCACUGCUGACUUUACUGGUGCUGACAGUUGUGGUGCCCAUGGGCCAGGCCUGUCCCAGGAGCUGUAACUGCUACCAGGCCAGCGAAGUGCACUGUACCUUCCGCUCCCUGCUCACUGUACCUCCUGGCCUGCCUGUACAUACACGCCGCAUAAACCUAGGAUUCAACAGCAUCAGCAGCAUCCAUGAUAGCUCUUUGGCUGGGCUAAAGAAGGUGGAGCUUCUGAUGCUCCACAGCAAUGACCUCCACCAUCUCCCAGAUGGAGCAUUCAGGGAUAUGAAAUCACUACAGAUACUAAAGCUGAGUUAUAACAAGCUGAGAGAGAUCUCUUCAUCUCUGACCUUCUCUGGCCUGACCUCACUGCUGCGUCUGUACUUGGAUCACAACCUCCUCCAGCACAUCCACCCCCGGGCCCUGCUCCAGCUGCCUAGCCUCAGGCUGCUGCGUCUGCAAGGGAACAGGCUGCAUCAGCUGCACCCUCAAACUCUGUGCACAUUGUCCCUCCUGAAUACAUAUUAUUUCUCCACACUCAGACACCUAGACCUGUCCAACAACAGUCUAACCACUCUGCCCAGAGAGACAUUAGCCACAGCGCCUCUGCUGGAGACUCUUGUGCUGCAGGCGAAUCCGUGGAGCUGUGACUGCAGGAUGAACUGGUUUCUCACUUGGAGUCUGGCUCAUCCAGGCUUAAUGAAAUGUCCCAGUGGCCCUCAGUGUCCAAUCUGCACCUCGCCUAAUUCCCUUCAAGGUCAGGGCCUACUUGAGAAGGCUGACCUAUCGUGCACCUCACCUGUCAUCCCCUCCCCUGGAAGAGACACACCUUUGGAGGCAGAACUCGUUGAAAUCCAAUCAAGUGAAUCCUUCAGGGAGCCUUUAGGCACUGCAUCUCUGGGUCUGUCUGAUCACCAGGGUAACAGUGUCGAUCUGGGUUGCAACAUCACUCGCUCUUCGGAGUCCCAGGAUGUUGCUCCUCCUCCAGAUCUCUCCAUUUCCUCUUCUUCUCCUCUCCCCCUUGCACUGUCACUCUCCCUGGAGUGCCCCGUGGAGAGACACAGCUAUGAGAAACUUUGGAGAAUCCUGGCUUACUACAGUGAGACUGCGGUUCGCCUGGAGAGGGAGAUCAUGCUGAGUAAAGCCCCGGCACUGGCCUACCGCUACAGGCAGGCAGCAGAGACAGACGGAUAUUAUCACACUGGAGUCAAAGCUUCUAUUAAAGCCAGACCACAGUGGUUGCUACAGCCAGCCAUUAGCAUUCAGCUCAACAGAGCACAAUCUAACGGACAUAAAGUUCAACUUAUAUACUCAACAAGAGUUUCUGCUCAUCCUGACCGUGCUUCUCAUCCCUCAGCAUCUUCCUCUGCCUCUCAGCAGUGGGUGAUGAUUUCAGCUAAUCAUACCACCACGGCACUGGCAGCAGUUGCAGGCAGUAAGGUGGAGCUAUUAUGUCCUGUUCUAAGUUCUGGUAACCUUGAAGUUCAGUGGGUUCUCCCAGAUGGAUCUAAGCUCAUCACCCCCUCCAGCAGCCCAGAUGGUAGGCUCCAAGCUUCAACCUCUGGUUUACUUCUAAACAAAGUGCAGCUCUCAGAUGCAGGGAUUUACUACUGCAUAGCCCGGGCAGGCAAGGAUGUAGAUGUUCUCCCCAUGCGCCUGGCAGUGGAGGAGUCCUCUGUGCCGCCUUCAGGAGAGCAAAUGGCACCUUCUGUCACCGGAAAUGAUGGAGAGCCCAUCACUCUGUCCUGCCAAGUAUCUGGUUCACCGGCGCCUCAUAUGAGUUGGGUGUUACCAGAUGGAAACAUAGUAAGGCAGGGAUUAGCUGUUUCAGGUGGGCUCAUUAUGCAAUCAAAUGGGAGUCUCUUUCUGCGUAAGCCUUCUCCGAGGGAUUCUGGUCAUUACCGCUGCAUUGCGGUCAAUCAGUAUGGUAGUGACUCUCUGUCUAUGCAGCUAAAAUUAAACUCGCAAUAUCUUCCUCCACUUAUGACUUCAUUUCCCAGAGGUCCACAGUCAGCCGCUGGCCGGUCAACCAAGAUACGAGCACCAUUACUAAUGGAGGAAGGAUCGGGGGCUGGAGAGGAAGAAGAGAGAACUCUUGACGCUAAUAGGGGACGGCCACGACCUCUCCAACCUCCCCCAAACAGACGAUAUCCAAUUGGAAAACCCAGAAGACGUGGACCUACGAGAGAAGGCCCCCUGAGAAGAGGAGGAGGGCCUAUAUCAUCUACUGACCAGAGAAGAAACCGAUUUGAGAACAGACGGAGAAUUACCACUAACAAACAAAGGAUAGACCCUCAGAAAUGGGCUGACCUCCUCGCUAAGAUACGACAAAAGACUGUUCACACCAAUAACAGCCAGCCCGUUGCAGCAGGAAAGCCCACAGCUGAGCCAGUGGGAGGAGGCAAAGGUGAAGACACAGGAAGACACGAGGGACAUGAUGAUACAGAGAGAAGCAGAGCUGAGGGAGCAGGGGUGGAUGCAGAAACAGAAGGGUCAUCUGUUGAUGACACUGAUCUACAAGAGGAAGGCCUACAGCUCAUUCACCCCGUUCACACAAAAACUCACACAGAGCCAAAUACAGACUCUGAGACAGACUCAGAGGUACAGAUGGAGACGCCAACAGAAACACAGACAGAUAUAGAGAAUGAGACAGAGAGAGAGACAGAGAACACAUCUCCACAGACAGAGACAGUGACAAACCCAGUGACACAGAGAGAGACAGUCACAUCUAAGCCAAUCUCAGGAACAAAUGAAAUUGUCCCUGAACCAAGUGAAGGAGGUGAGCUAGAAGCAAACACUAGUCCAUCUAGAACCAGGCCUCAGAACCCCCGGCAGAGACUCUUCCCUAAUUUGGUCCCCAACUCCCGGCCUCAAAGCCCUUGGAACUCCCGCAGGAGAAUUGGACAGCGAAGACGAAUCAUCAGUAGGCCCGGGGGGCGCCCUUUGACCCCUCCCCGACCUCUCCCUGGCCCUACAAACCCAAGGUCACAAACUGUAACACCUGAUACAACCACAGAUCAAAUUAAUGUGUUGUUGCUGGCGUCAACAACCACAUCUCCAGAGACUGCGUUGACACGGAGUGACCAUAUUAGGACUGCUUCAAAUGAUGUGGCACUGAAUCCUCUGUCUCUACCUGCUUCUAACACUGACGGCACCUCCACUUUAAAAUCUGCCCCCCCCUCAUUGACUCCCUCUACCUCCUCUCUCACCUCAUUAUCCCCCUCUCACACAAAGACACAUAUAGACACUGUGACUCACUCAGACAACAUCCCAGACACUGCAGAGUCCACACUCUUCAACACACCGACACCAGCGCCCACUCGCUUGGAUACCACAACUGCACAGACACAUGAGGCGCACACACACGGCCACACACAUGGCUUACAGACACACAGAGAAGCAGACUCAGCCUCAGGCAAACAUGAUGAUAAACCCUCAAGCAAACACAGUGGAGAGCUGGAGAGGAAUCUUUGGGGUGUAUCAUAUGUGUCCCACUCCUCUACCUCUUUUUCACCCACGUCUUCCUACAUUGUUUCCUCCACAGUCCCCACUGCAGCUACAACUACUACUGCAAAAAUCACAUCUUCUACUACUCUCAAGAGCAUAUCUACUAGUACUGCUGGUAGCACUACAACUAUAUUUAAUACUACUACUACUACUACUCCUACAGCUGGUGAUGACAUAGUGCCCACAACAACUACAACCACUGCCAUGACUACAAGUCCAAGCACGUCUACUACAACUACCAGUGUUAUCCCAACAUCUAGCACCACCAGAAGUGCUACAACUACUCUUAGCUCUACUACUACUACUACUACUACCACAACUCCUAUUCUUACAUCUACACAUCCCACUACCACCACUACUUCUUCAACUAGCCCCUCUACUACUACUACCACUUCUAGCACUACAACCUCAUUCAAAGCUAUUCCCACAACACUUAACCCCACUACUACUACACCUACUACUCCUACUAGCAGUACUAGAAUUACCAUCUUAGCUGAAACUUCUCCAACUACUACAGCAGCUACACCCAGUACAUCUACUACUACCACAGCAAUGACAUUAACAAGUACCAGAGCAUCAUCCAGAGACAGACCGAGCAUCAUCCAAGUUGAUCCCAGAGGGAGGCCUGUUUCUGGGGGUUCAAACCAGAGUCGACCCCCUACUGACUGGAAGAACCCUGGGACUAAUUCUAUCCCCGAUUCACACAGCAGCAGGCCACGCUGGCCCCCUUCCCCUUCGCUUCCUGCCGCCCCUGGGGCCCCAGUGGUGAGAUCCAGGCCGAGGAUUGCAGACCCACACAUCAGGACAGUGUCGUUCCCAGCAGAGAGCACUGCCAGGCUGGCUUGUGAAGCUCAAGGAGAGCCGAAACCUACCAUCACAUGGACCAAGGUUGCUACAGGAGCGGUGAUGUCAAUCCACUCCAGGGCUCAGCGUUUUGAGGUCUUGCCAAAUGGCACCCUUGUUAUCCAGAAUGUUCAGCUGCAGGACAGGGGCACAUAUAUCUGCAGUGCACAGAGCUUUCUGGGUCGUGACAGAUUGCUAACCACCCUGGAAGUGUGGACCCGCCCCCCUCGGAUGCAGCUGGCAAGCUAUAGGGAAGCAACCAUUCAUCAGGGCGGAGAGGUGCACUUGGAGUGCCAGGCGGAUGGCGUUCCCACCCCUCUGCUCUCCUGGGUUCUACCCGAUCGUUCUGUCCUGACCUCCUCUGCCCCCUCCACCAGCCGCAUCACUGUGGACACAAACGGAACCCUGCAUAUCUCAGUAACUUUACCUAGUGACAGGGGAAUGUACCGCUGCGUGGCCUCCAACUCAGCAGGUGCUGCCAGUGCCUCUGUGCGUGUACACGUGUCCUCGUUGCCCCCGGUGAUACAGCAACCCAGAGAGGAACACCUGCUCUUGUCUCCAGGGAGGCCUGUUUAUGCUCACUGCUCUGCCCGAGGUGCCCCGCCACCAACUCUGCGCUGGCGAAUCCCAGAUGGGACUCUAGUUCGCCCAUCCCAGUUUCUCCAUGGCAACCUUUUUGUCUUGCCCAAUGGGACACUGCAUAUUCGAGGAGUUGGGCUUAAGGACUCAGGGAAUUACGAGUGCACGGCAAGUAAUGUUGUUGGAGCUGUUAAGAGAACAGUGAAGGUAGAAAUUGAACAGGGAGCAGAAGGAGAAAGGAGAUAUGAGGGAACAAGAAAUGAAGGGGCAAAAGCAGUUACCACAGAAAAACCGUCUCCUUCAUCUUCACUACAUAAAGACAGAACUUUGUCCAUGCCCAGCCACCCCUCCAAUCCAUUUAACACCGCUAGACUCUCCCCUUCACCCCCCUUUGACAUAUCCAGGACCUUUUUGCUCACCCCUGGUUCUUCUCGCUCAUCUUCUGACCCUCACCAACCCAAUCCCACUAACUCACCCUCUACAAUCAAUAAACCGGUCACUGCUUCCCCCACACACUUGACCAACAUCAACAAAACAAAACCCUCCCCUCUCACUCCGCCCUCCACAAAUAACACCAAAGUCUCACCUGGUAUUGUAAGCAACACAAGAGCUACUUCUUCUUCCCCCUCUGACAAAAGUGGGGCCUCAGCUGCUUUGAAUCCAUUGCCCGUCUCCCCCUUCAGUAAAGCCCGUAUUGUUUCUACGUCACCCUCCAUCACUGCUGUCCACUAUGGGGGGAGUCUGCAGCUCCACUGCGCUGUAACUGGCAACCCAUCUCCCAUCAUCAUUUGGAGGACGCCCAACAGGAAACUGGUGGACAUGCACUUCAGUUUUGACCACCGUAUGAAGGUGCACCCUAAUGGCACCCUGUCAGUCCAUGCAGUAACAGAGAGGGAUGCUGGAGACUACCUCUGUAUCGCACGUAACAAGGUCUCAGAUGAUUAUCGCCUCCUGCGUGUCUCUGUGGCGACCAAGCCUGCCAAGAUCGAGCCUAAGCAGCCACUCAAUCAAAUGGUGUCAUUUGGCAAACCACUGAAGGUGGACUGCCAGGCAUCAGGACUGCCUGACCCAGCUGUCCGUUGGAGUCUACCAGAUGGAACCAUGGUGAACAGCGUGUUGCAGGGGGAGGAGAGAGGAGGGCGAGCACGGAGGCUAACUGUGUUUGACAAUGGGACGUUACUGGUUCCAGCAGUGGGUAUGGGAGAGGAAGGAGAGUACACGUGCUAUGCUGAGAAUCAAGGAGGUCAAGAUACCAUGAAGGUCAAAGUAAAGGUCAUGAUGAUGUCCCCACCAACCUUCGCUGAUGACAGAAGCUCUAACAUCAUCAAAGUACGUCAGGGAUCAACCGCCAAAAUUCGCUGCCAUGCCACAGGAGAUCCUGCCCCGACGGUGACGUGGUUUUCCCCAACAUACCGUGUCAUCCCACGAAGUUCGAGAUCUGGUUUUUAUUCUGAGCGGGUCGUAGUCGUUUCGGAUGGAACUCUGGAGGUCCGUCUGGCUCAAAAGAUCGACACGGGAAACUAUACCUGCCGAGCGAGCAACUCAGCCGGGGAGAGGAGCAUGGUGGUAGGUCUGGAGGUGGAGGCUCCUAACUAUGGACUGAGUGGCCAUGUUGGAGGAAGAGGUUGGGGUACAAGCAAUGGGCCUGGCAGUAGUUAUAACAGUAGAUCAGGAGACAGCGUUAAUAAUGCAGGGAUAAACCAGAAUGGAUUUACCAAUAGAGACACGAGCAGGCUUGGCAGCAAUAACAGCAGCAGUAGUGGCUACAGGGAUAAUAAUGGCGGGAUAAGAAACACUGUACCAAACACUGGCUACACUAACAUAGCAACCAGUGGCUUUAAUCCUGCCCUCAGGGGUGAUAGUAGAGAUGGAUUGAACAAGCCUGUCAGUGGAAUCACAACACAGCUUGGUAGCAGUGUAAUCAGUGUCGGGGUGAGCGCAGGUAGGAAUAUAGGCUUUAAAGCAGAUAACGGCAGAAUAAAUGGAAAUGGAUCUGGCAUUACAAGUAAUGGUAAUAGUGUGGGUAACGGUCACAGCUCAGUUAGAGGAGAUAGUGUAGAAAGGAAUUCUGGUACUAAUAAUAAUGAAGUCACUGCAGGAAAGGCAGGUAAUGAUGCUAACACCAGUAGAGACAAUGGCAGGAUAAGUGGUACUAGAAAUGUUGAGGUGUUUGGCAGCAGUGUGUCUAACAAUGGAGCUGGCACUGGCACACUAAGAGGAAAUGGGUUUAGUGCGAGUAGUAAUGUAGGAGUGAUCAAUGACAACAACAGGAAUAGUGGUGGCUCAAGUGGUACUGGUAUAGCUGUUAGUAAUACAGGAGCUAACACAGCUAUGGGUGUGGUAACAACAGUGAAGCAGCGAGCGGUGAAAGGCCAAACUGUUCUUUUACCAUGCCCUUCUCAAGGGUCCCCUCCCCCUCGUGUGGCCUGGCUUUUGCCUGGUAACGGUGUGCUGCCAGCUCCUUACUACGGCAGCCGACUCAUUGUGCACCGAAACGGCUCCUUGGAGCUGCGAGGCGUGCGGGCCAGUGAUGGCGGGACCUUGGUUUGUGUCGUUAGAGGUGAGAGAGGACAGACGCGAAUACAAGUGGAGCUGGAGGUGUCUGAGGCACAGGAGGAGGCCAGAUCUCCACACAGGGGACCGGCUGUGGAAAGGGCUGGUUUUAUAGAGGCGCCUCGCUCAUUGGAUUCAGCUCAAUCCCUGAACUCAAGGCCAGUGUUGCCUGAGACGCUUCAUCCAACAAUCCUAGUUACUCAAAAGCCUCUACACAGAGUCCAGUCUGUACCAGCUGCACCUCGUCCAGUUGGCCCUCCACCCCGCUCAGCUAGCCCCGUCUCAGAGCCAGCAGUGAGCACCAGAACGACUCCCUUGGUGAGCAUCAUUAAUGGAGAGACUCUUCGUCUGCAUUGCCCUGCUUCUAACACCUACGGAUACACCCAGAGCUCUCUCACAUGGACCAUGCCCAGUGGCAAGGUACUGUCCCGGGGUGAAAGUGCUGAAUCAGGCCGAUACUUAGUCCAAGAGGAUGGAACACUAACAGUGCAAAAGGCCUCUGUAUUUGACCGUGGCACCUACACCUGCAGAUCCACUAGUUCUGACCCCUCUUCAGUCUCCGUCCUCACAGUUCCCGUCAUUGUCAUCGCCUACCCCCCGCGCAUCACAGCAGGACCCUCUCCUGUGACCUACACACGACCCGGGGUUGCUGUGGAGCUGCCGUGCCUGACGAUAGCAACACCCCGGGCGACGAUCACCUGGGAAACACCAGACCUGACACAGCUGACGGCAAUGGGUCAGGCUCGUAUCUAUGGCAACCGCUACCUUAGUCCUCAGGGGUCCUUGGUGAUACAGAACCCGACAAGCAGGGAUACAGGCUUUUACAGGUGCACCGCCAAAAAUGUAAUAGGGGUGGACACAAAGGCGACCUACCUGCAUGUUAUAUAACGGGGUGAAGCAAAUACACACACACGCACACGCACACACACACACACACACACACACACACACACACAAACAUGCAGCAGAAAGACAGAGACACCGUCAAUCUUCUGUACCGGUGAAUGAACUCCCCUGCUGUUAACACUGUAUGUGUACUCACAUGCCCAAAGGAACUGCAAGGCUUCGUGCAGGAGAUACUGUUGAAUCUCAGAAAAGACCCUACACAUAAACAGGUAUAUGUCUCAUGUAUGUAUUUUUAAUGAAUGACUUCGUUUCCAAUACUGUCUUGUUUUCCUAUCAGGAGCCGUGGGAUUCUCUGCAGAUGCAUUUUUCUCUACAUAAACAAAAAAUUGUGUGUAAGAAGGAUUGUUUUGUGUCUCAGCGGCCUAAAACACAUUUUGAAGUGAUGACGAAAGAAGUCAAGGAAAAUGCACAGCAUAUCAAGAUUGUUGCACAAAUGUAAAUGCCCACAUCUGUGCCUGUGGACUGUUUCAGUGGGGAAAUGGAGCGGCAGUAUGUUGUUUUUUUUUUUCAACACUGGUUUUGUUUCCCUGCCUUGUCUUAAAAUUUACCUUAAGGCAACAUGGACAAAAAAUUAUAUCUCACUCCAAAAAUAUGGUUUUGUGCUUAAAAACCCUACAGCUUUUGGUUUUUACCUUGAAGAAGGGAUUAUCAUUUUUUCAUCUUUGUGCAUGAAACUCAAGUAUUGUUGAACCAAAAAAAGACACAUAUGCUUUACUUGGCCUGAUUGAUUUAUUUCAUUCCUUUUUGCAGUCAUCCACUAACACUGAACUACAGAUAAACAUACAGUAUUUUUCUGACUGGGUCACUGAAUAUUGUAGACAAAACACAGCAUCACACAAAGAAGCUGUCUUCACAACCAUCUACAGAAACAUUAAUAUUCAACGUGAUGUCGCACAAUAUAAUCUUGUUUGAUCCCUGCGUUUAUUUAUAAAAUGAUUCAUUUUUUAAAUUGUUGCAAACUGGGACUUCAAUCGGCAAAAUAAUAUCUAGAUUUAAAAAUUUUAACUUGAUAUUUACCUUAGUAACUAUUGAAAUACUUGUUGCAUUUUUUAAUUUAUAAACUACAUAUUGGACAAAGGUUGGAUUUCAUUAUGUUGCAUAUAUAGCAAACAGUAACUUAAAUUGGUAGCCUUAUUUGCAUUAUACUGCCGAAACUUAGCAUUGGAUGUGUAACAGACAUGAUGAUAGCGGUCUUCAGUAUUAUCCACCCCAACUCGAGCGACGAAUUUGUGGGUUUCAGACUUUAACAAUAUUGUUCUACCACCAUCGACUGUAUCACACAUUCUCACAGCAUUCCUGUGGCAGAACGAGACAUGGUACAAAGCAUUUAUGGAAACACAACAGUCAGUUCUUUGAAGAGUGAUCUUCGUGAUUAUUUUGAUGUUCAAGAUUGUAUAAAUGUACGUGUAAGUUCAAGAGCCAGCCCGAAGCUUGUGCACAGAGCCAGCAGCUCAUCCUUAUCAUGUUUCCCCUCUGCUUUGAUGUUUGUCCUUAAAUUAUUUGUCUUGUAAAGACUCUGUCGUAAGACGCAAGUGUUUCGUCAUAAAGGGAGAAAUGAUUAAAUAUUAUUAAGUAUUACUGAUGUCUCAUUAGUCACAAAUGAAUGACUGCUUGCUAUAUUUUCAACAGCUUCAUUUUAUAAAUAAAAAUGGAAAAAGGGCCAAGAGUGUUUACUCUGUGAAAUGUCAACAGCUGAAGAACAGUUUUGUUCAGAAAUAUGUUACAGAUACAGUGUGUGUGCUUGUGUGAGACUGGGAGAGUCAGGGUGAGAAAAGAAAACACCUAGUGUGAGUGCAGGAGCGAGGAAGGAAACUUCUCCUGGAGUAUAUUAUGAGAACAGAAACUCCUUAUCCCCAGUUCAGCUGUCAAACCAGGAAAUGGGGUCUUAACUGUAGAUGAGACACAUGUUGAUGACAUCAUAUAGCUCUCUCUCUGGGAAAUGCAAUAAAACUCACAGCAGCCUGCAGAGCAACUCCACGUACCACCCUGCACUCACACCUGCUAUGAGCCGUUUAUAGUGUGCAUUCUGAUUCCAAUAAAUACUAACACUAAUUACACUUUCAGUUGAAGCAGGAUUCCCCACACAUCAUCCAACAGCAUGAAGCCCAAUCAGGUGCCUCUGAGCUCAGGGACAGAGAGUUUCCAAGGGAGAAGAAAGCAAUGGAGCACGCUGAUCAAUUUACAGUCUUCAAUAGUGUAAACAGACUAACGUUUCAACACCACUGUGUCCUCAUCAGAGUUAAAGAGCAAAUUAAUUAGAGGUAAUCAGACAUUAUGUUUGAUCAGUGCACUGUGGUGAUGCACCAUUAUGGCCAUUAGUACGAAGGAUAUAAAUAAUGCCAGCUUCCUGUAGGUGACAAAGGCGGCCACCCAGGGCGCCACUCAGAGAGGGGGGAGGGUGCCCAAGAUGAUUACAUUGCUCACAUCCCAGCUACAUCAGCUGAUCUCAAACAGCCCAUUCAACUGAUGGAGCAGCUGACUGAUGAAAGGGAGUCAGCUGAUAGAUCAUGUGAUUCCGUUCUAUGUAACCAAUUGGCAAAUCUCAUUCAGGGCCCUAUUUAAACUGCUCUGGCCUGCUUACUGUUGCUGCUUUGCAACCUGCCUCCACCCCAGCUCCUCCUUUUCAUGCUGUGUCUGGCUUGUCAGUGUCAUUUCUGUUAGUCAUUGAUGCUUGCUCUGUUCUGUUCCUGUGGGGUCAUUGCUGCUGCUCCCCCUACCUUUGGCUUUCAAUGUAGGAGCAUGGAAGGGCAGGGAGGCUUGCUUUUUCUGCCUCAGACUUUCCUUGUUUGCGUGUGGAAGGGCAGAGGGGUGUGCUGUCUUCACCUUAGGCUUUCCACAUAGGCACACAGAGGGGAAGAGAUGUGUGCUAUCUCUGCUUUGAGGCUUUCCAAGUAGGCGUGUGGAAGGGCAGAGAGGUUUGGUCUAUCUGCCUCAGGCUUUCCACGUAGGUGCGUGGAAGAGGCUUUCUGUGUAGGCCUCAGAAAGGGAGAGAGGCUCCAGAAGAGAGCCAUACUGACAAAUCUAAUACUGCAAAUGGAAAUAAAGUUUUCUUUGACUAAAGGGGUCCUGACUGAAUUGAUGUUAGAGCAGUGAUGGGUAUAGCGAAGUGAAAUGUAUGUUCAGAACAUUAGCGUAAGAGAAAAUGAAAGGGCAAAAGCCAUCUGGGGCGCAGUACAAAAUAAAGAAGUUGAAAUUUGUGAAUUUGCACACACUGUAUUCUUUUGUUGUUUAUUUACUAUUAUUGUUUGUUAGCUAAGGUGCUAGCAGCGCUGAACUGUCAAUUCAAAAUAAUUGGAAAUAGCUGGUAAAAGUGCUGCAUCAAGGAUUUAUUACUGAAUGUUUUCUGAGCUGUCAGCACACAUGUCAAACACAACAUGCAUGCUGUAGACCACAACUUUAAGACUGUUUUCACUUUUCCCAGCUGUGAGCUGCUUCUACGUUUCCGUUUUGCAAUAGUGUCAAUUACAAACACUGUCAAUAGUCAAGAAUUUUUUCAUUUGAGUGUUAGAAUUUCUGUAUGAUUUACUCUGUUGGUUUGUGGUGUGAUGCAGCACAGCACACUGAGAACACAGUUUAGCAUUAGAGAGCAAACAUACAACUAGGACACAGCCCAGACUUUCCUCAGCUCUUGAGGCUAAUACCAGUCACUUGGCUAAUUUAGCUCUCCUCACAUGACACAAUCAGUUUAGACUUUCUGAUGUCAUGAGUCAAACCUCAUAGAAGUUGAGAUUAUUAAAUUACUGACAUGUUAAAAAAACAAACAAUAAAUUGCAGUUUAUUGAUGUGACGUUGCUCAAGGAUCAAAGGCAGUACUAAUACAAACCAGCACAAUGCACCACCCAUUCAUUUGGGUUAUUAAGUUUGGUUUAAGUAUAAAGUAGGAAGAAUAGUGCAGGGGAGCAACAUUAGAGCUCUGUGUUGCGCUCCGUGAGCUUGGUUGUUUUCUGUGAGGGCUUGUCAUGUUUUGAAUUAUCUCUUUUGUAGUGCUGGAACAUUUCCAUCCAUUGUGGCACACCGAUUUUAUGGUUCCACGUCUGUGAUCCCUUUCAGCAAAUAAAUUAUUGCUAUUCCUCUUUUGUGCUAUUGCAAACUUACAAGCAUAUAACUAACUAAUAAACUGCAUCACAUGGGCAUUUCAUUUGGCAUCUUCUUCACUUUAACUUGAGCCUUAACUGAUAUGAAGUGACUGCAGAAUGGGUGAAUUGGCUGGACUGGGUUGGCUGGAUUGCAACAAUGGAGCCUACAAAAACUGCCUGUACAUAUAAAUGAUGCCUUCU